GUUUAAGAUGUAACCCGAGGCCCACAAAGCUGAGACCCGGAGAGGGCCAGAGCAGACCCUGGGCUUCAUGUCAAUGAGCAAGGCCAUCGUGGCUGGACAAAGCUCUAAAAGGGCGUCCUUGACGGGCGUGCUGCAUAGGAUUCGAAAUAGGCUUAGCUCGCCGGAGCGUUGCUCGCCCAGGAUCCGCGCUCAGUGCAGGAUCUAGCAUUCGUCGGCGGUUUGCUUGAGCUCGGGAACCAUGCCUUAUGAGUCGCUGCCACCCUUUAUUAUCAUGGGCACCAUGCUGGCGCUUAUGGGGGCCAUCCCGUCGUUUCUUCACAAGACAGUGUAUGGAAAGCCCAAGCCGGUGAUGCAGGACGCAUUUGAUUACGCACUCGCUGAACGGGAUAGACGGGUACUUGAAGAAGCACACGUAGAGAGUCCAAUCAAGCACGGUCCGAUUUCUACAUAAGGACAGCUUUUGUCAACUUUUGGUUCCUUUCAUUAUCCAUCAUAAGUAAACCUGCGUGUUGCAGCUUUCACAUCAUGGAUUCCAUCUGCGGCUUCUUGUUCUUCCAUAACAGUAUGCCUGCUCACUCGUUUCCUUCACUCCUUAACUCAUCCCCUU